UAGGUCAAAGAUCUCCAUGCAACGAACUGAGGAAGAGAGUUAGAUAUUGAGGAUUUCUUGACAGAUCUGAAUGUUAAAUAAUUGGUUUUAUUUUAUGUAAUACUGUUUUUUUUUUAAUAACGCGAAUAGUUUUGAUGAAAUGUUUGACAAUAAUUUCAACACAAAUUAAAUAAACUCGUUAAGAACAUUUAUUAGGGAAGGUGUAUUAUACUUUGGACACAGAUUUCUAGCAUGGGGUUAUGCCAUUGCACACUGUUGAUUCUACUCGCAAGUCUAGGCAGGUCCCUCUGUCAGACAGCUUGUGGUGGAGAUAUAAGAGACAAAACAGGAAUCAUUUCUUCUCCGAAUUUUCCCAGCAGUUAUCCUGAUUACAGUAACUGCCGUUGGACCUUACAUGCUCCAGAGAAUCAAUUUCUUUACAUAAGAUUUCUCCAUGUUGACCUUGCUGCCAGCUACAACAAUGAAUGUGCAGACUAUGUGUCUGUGUUUGAUGGUGAUACAUAUAUGUCUCCAAUCAUCAUUCAACUGUGUGGCUACAAAACUCCAGAGGAGGUUGCAGCACUUAGGUUUAGAUCAACAGGAAAAAAUCUUCAUAUAUAUUUCUAUUCUGACUAUUCACAACAUAAUUCUGGAUUCGAUGCACAAUUCGCUAUUCAAGAUUGUCAGCCAUUUACCUUUGGUAACGAGACAUGUAACAAGCAGUGCAUCUGUGCUCAAUCCAACACUCGCCACUGUAAUAGUAUCAAUGGCACUUGUAUUUGUAAGCAAGGCUGGACGGGACCUGACUGUUCUAUAGAUAUAGAUGAAUGCAGAUCUGAUGUAGUCGAGGCUUGUCCUGACAAUUAUCAACUGUGUGUAAAUACACCUGGUACUUUUACCUGUCAAUGUAAACCUGGGAUGGUGAUGAACUCAACUGGACAAUGUGAAGUGGCAUCGAGCUCACGUUGUUCAGUCAAGACUUGUUCUCAUGUCUGUGCAAAACUGCCUUCUGGAACAGAACAAUGCUAUUGUCCAAUGGACAUGCAUCUAAUUGGAAACCAGUGUAAAGACUGCGACCACCUGAGCUUUGGUGAGAACUGUAGAUUAGGAUGUAAUUGUUCAGCCAGUAACACAGAGAGAUGCUACGCUCCUACUGGUGACUGUAAAUGUAAGCCUGGGUGGGGAGGCUCUACGUGCUCAGACGACAUUAAUGAAUGUUCAUUGGCUAUACAACGUUGUGUUGGGAACACAACUUGCAUCAAUACAAUAGGAAGCUACUACUGUGCAGCAUGCAAUAACGUCAUCACUGCUACAUCAGGCGUUAUAGUAUCCCAGAAUCAUCCAAAUAAUUACCCAAACAACUUGAACUGUAGCUGGUUGAUUAUUUCACCAAACAAGCAAGCAACUAUUUCUUUAAGAUUUUCAGAAAUUGAUCUGCAAUAUUGGUAUGAUGUUGUUUCCAUAUUCGACGGUACAAACACAGCAGCACCAAGGAUUGCAGUUUUUAAUUCAGGAGAAAAUCAGAAAAACGUUUUUAUCAGAUCUACUCAAAGCAAUGUAUUCAUUUUAUUUGAAACGGAUAGCAAUGGUAUAGGAACUGGUUUUUCUGGUACAUUUCAAGUUGAAGAAACUCCCGGAUGUGGACAAGUGAUAAGCAAUGUUACUGGAUCAUUAACUUUACAGAAGAGACCACCAUUGAGUCCAGGCAGCGUUUUCUUCUGUUAUUUGAGUUUCGUUGAUCAACAGAGCGAGCUGUAUACUGUCAAAUUGCAAAGUCUAGAACUUGGAAGAUCUCUGGAUUGCAACAAUGGAUAUUUAAAAGUAUACAAUCUAACAAGAGGUUCAAGAUUGGACUAUUAUGAUUACCAGAAGUAUUGUUACAACAACAUUCCUUCAUUGAUACGUUCAGAUGGUAGGGAGAUGCUCAUUAUAUAUUUUCUGAAUGAAAGUGGAGCUGAGCCAAAGUUCAAUGCCACUUAUUUAAAAACAGAUUGUAAUCUGAAAUAUGGUGACAAAUGUCAGUCAGACUGUCACUGUAACAGAAGUUAUACGAAUCAUUGUAACAAUCUAAACGGACACUGUGAUUGCUCAUAUGGAAUGAAAGGGACAGAUUGUUCACAGGAUAUAAACGAAUGUACAGAGCUGAGUAAUACUUGCACAGCCCCAACUGAGUGUCGAAACAUGUUUCAUUCGUACGAAUGUGACUUAAACAAGACACAGAUUCACGGGCAGUUUGAUUGCAUCAGUAAUAACAUUUACGUUUAUGGAUAUUACUACUAUAAUGUUUUUAUAAAAGGCCCACCUAACAAUGUAGUUUCACUGAGUGUUUCAGAUUUCAAUAUGACUUACCCAUACAGUAGUACUAAGUGUGUCUAUUAUAUGGAUGUUUACGACGGUAUGGACCGAAACAGUAGACUAAUAGGUCAUUACUGUGAGAGUAAAAUCCCAAAACUUCUUAGAACAACACAGAAUGUAAUGCUUAUUAUCAUAGAGAACACUUCAGGGAGGAAUAUGUGUCAUGCUGAAUACCAAAUUGAACCAUGUGCACCUUUCAUGUACGGACCUGCCUGCAGUAGAACGUGUCCAUGUCUUAAAGAGAACACAUUAACCUGUGACAACCUGUACGGUGUAUGUCACUGCAAGCCAGGCUGGACUGGGAAAGAUUGUUCCACUGACUUGGACGAGUGUUUGUAUGUAAGGAAUUGUACCCAAAACUCUGAGUGCACAAACACACCAGGUUCUUACCAAUGUCUUUGUGUUGAUGGCUACGAGAAAGACACUUCAGGAAGACUUUGUACACCAUCAAUGCAGUGUCCAGAACAAGACAGAAAUCGUUGCUCUCAUGCUUGUGUUCUAGUUGCUGGUCAGCCACAAUGUCGUUGUCCUCCAAACCUGGUUCUGGAUGAAACGGAACAAUUAAACUGCCUGGCUCCUUUCUUUAGUCCAUUUGGCGAGGUGAUUCAUUUCGCACAAGGAGAUAAACACAGCAAGUUACCUUUGAAUGUUAAAGUACCUUUUGGUUUCAACAAAGUUGUUACUUCAGUCUUCAUAUCCAAACAAGGUGUUGUGCUUUUUGAUAACAGCCAACAUGUCAACCUUUCCAUACAUGAAGCCACUCUACACGAUAUCAAACUAGCCGCACCACUUUGGUCUCAAUUUGACUUAGAGAGGGGAAAUGUCUCUUAUUAUUUUAUUGAAAGAUGCAGACUAGAUAAUACACAGAGAGCACUGACUCAAACAGAAGUACAGAUGGUUGAAAGAGCAAGGAAAAGUGUCACUGAAAAAAAUUCAUUCUACGAUUUUGAAGUCAAAACAUUAUUAGUUUUAACCUGGCAAGAUCUUCAGCUUCCACAGGAAAACGCUAAAUUUACGUUUCAAGCCGUCUAUAUAAGUGGAUAUGAAAAACAAAUACUUCAAGGACAACCAGUAUCUCUGGAAAAAGAGACAGGACACAUUAUAUUUAUCUACCACAAAGGUAAAGAUCAUUGGACCAGCACUGCACCGGCUGCCAUUGGCUUCACAACAGGAGACAUGGAAAAUGAUAUCACAAAACUUAAUCCCAAUGUUCUUUCUGUACUUGGCAGUUCACAGUUUGACCUGAAUGUCCCUGGUGUUAUGGUAUUUAAUGUUGGCUACGCUGAUGGACCUGAACAGAAAUGUGGACAAUACCUGUGUCAAUAUUCGGCUUUUAAAGACUCAGACUUGUAUCGUGAUGAAAUGAAUGAACUGUACAAGUGUCCUUGUAGUAGUGAACGACUUGGUUUUCAAUGGGAUCUGUAUGAAACUAGAGGGGACAUAGAUUGCUAUGCUAUCAAACAAGGAGUUAAAAACAGAUUUCUACCAAGCAAUUCAAGAAAUAAGUUAUGUUGUUACCCACGACCCUCGCUGUGUGACAGUUCACAUGCCACAAGGUUUACUUCCUACCUUCAGAACGACCCUAAUGGCGGACAUGUUUUAAUUGCUGAUCCCUGGCUCACGUCAGCCAACAGACGAGAAGCACUGAACAAUCUUGAGGCCCACAAAUCUUGUUGUCUUCAUUCCUCCUCCCAGAUGUGUCAUCAGUUUUAUCAACUAUUUCCUGAUAUGGAGUGUUCAGUCCAAGUCACUUUUGUUUCACCAUUUGCCCUUGGAGAUCCACACAUUACAACAUUGGAUGGAUUGACUUACGCCAUGAAUGGGUGGGGAGAAUACAUUUUAUUGGCUGUACCUUCAAAACAAUUUGUGCUACAGGCUCGCACUGGGCGUGUGGUGUCAAACAAAGGACAACUUUUAAACGCUACAGUCUUCACCGCUUUCGCCGCACGUCAGUCUACUGAAGCAAGUUUUCAAGUAGAGUUGUCUUUAAGUAACACAACUAUGAACAUUUACGUUGACGGCCAGGAUGUUACCAACGAAUUUUACAAGAGUAGAGCUUACAGAAUGUCUUCCAACUCUAUUAGUGUUUCCCGUGAAGUGAAGUGCCAAAACAAUACUGAAAAAAAUUCUGUAAAGGUGAAAUUCUCCAGUGGUGUUGUGUUUGAAGUAACUGUGGGAGUAAAAUCUCUCGACAUAAUGAUGCAGGUCGAUUUGAGUUUGAAGAAUCAAACUACUGGACUAAUGGGAAACUUCAAUGGAAAGAUCAGCGACGAAUUUCAACUCCCCGAUGGAAGAGUUCUCUCUGUAAAUUCAUCCGAGCGAGAUAUUUUCACACACUUUGUUUCACAAUAUAGCAUCAACACAUCCACAACUGUCUUCAUAUAUGAAGCAGGGGAAGGUAACAAAGACUACCAGCACCCAGAGUUCAUUCCUAUGUUUCUGGAUGAGCUUGACCCAAAUAACCUGACAGCCGCUCGCAAUUAUUGUGGAACAGACAACUUUCCUUGUAUAUAUGAUUUUAUAGCUACUGAUAAUCCUUACUUUGCUCUGAAUACUAAAGAGACCAAGAAGGAAAGUGUAAACCUUGUGAAAAGGCUAGAAAAUAAAAUUCCAGAGAUACAAGAUUUUAGAAGCCCCACUUACCAAGAUAAACAAUGGCUGGUGACAAAAGGAAAAAUCAACAAUUUACAAGUUGUAGCAGUUGAUGGUGAUGGCGAUGCAUUAACAUUUAUUGUAGAAUCAAGUUUAAAUACAUUGACAAUAAGCAAUAAUGGAUUGAUAACUUACACUCCAUUUGACAUUCCUGAACAUUCACUUAAAAUUAAAGUCAUGGAUACCAAUGGAGGCUACUCGGCCACACAUAUGGUUCCCCUAUCAUAUUGUUCAGGAUGUAGUAGCCAUGGUAUAUGUACUAAUUCUUCAACACUUCUGACUAAAGAAACUGGAGUAGGAGUGCUGAAGUGUCAUUGUUACCCUGCGUUUAUUGGUGAACACUGUGAGUCAGAGUUUGAUGCUUGUUCUCUAUCACCCUGUCAGGGAGGGAGGACUUGUACAGACCUUACUGCUGACCAGCAAGGCAACAAAACCAUUGGAUAUACAUGUGGACCUUGUCCAACUGGAUUUAAUCUUGGGACUGAAGAUAAUUGUUUAGAUAUCAAUGAAUGUAAUGGCACCAGUGUUUGUGAUCAACUUUGUACCAACACUUAUGGUUCUUACAGAUGCAGCUGUCGUGAUGGAUUCAGACAGGAUCCUGUCUAUAUUAACAAAUGCAUUGACAUCAAUGAAUGUGAUGAGAGAACAGCUUUAUGCCAACAAGGAUGUGUGAAUACUGAGGGCAACUAUACUUGUACAUGUUCUGAUGGAUACCACCUGCACAGUGAUGGUCUUCAUUGCAUCCUAAAUUUUGACAAGGUGGCUGCUUGUAAAGUAUGUCAACAAAUGUGUACUGUCAAUCAAACUAAGGUGACUUGCAGUUGCAACACUGGAUAUAAGACCAAUCCAUCUGAUGCUACUAAAUGCAUAGAUGUAGAUGAAUGCACUGAAGGCAACACACCCUGCUCACAAGUCUGUUCCAAUAUUGAAGGCCACUAUAAAUGUUCUUGUUAUAGUGGAUAUGAAAUAAAUGCUGAUGGAUUAACUUGUACAGCUUGCAAAAUCCCUCAUUAUGGCUCUAACUGUAAUAGUACUUGUAAUUGCGGACUUAAUGGACACUGUGACCCAGUUAGAGGCUGUGUGUGUCAGAAAGGAUGGACUGGAGAACAAUGCAACAUUGAUGUUAAUGAAUGCAAUGAUAUAGGUGCUUGUCCAUCUGGUCAACUUUGCCGAAAUACAGUUGGAAGUUAUCAAUGUCUGUGUCAGGAUGGAUAUAGAAUGAUUAAAGGAGCAUGCCAAGAUAUUGAUGAGUGUUCUGAUAUUCAAGUAACCUUCAGAUGUAACAGUGAACUUGGAGAAACCUGUGUUAAUACAAUGGGUAGCUAUAUGUGUCAGUGCCGACCAGGCUUUUACAGAAACCAGUUUUUAGUUUGUGAAGAUAUCAAUGAAUGUGAAUCUCAUAUUGAUGGCUGUGAACAAGUUUGUGAGAACACUCCUGGAAGCUUUAAUUGUAAAUGCCAUCCUGGGUAUUACAAAUCUACAGACAGAAAGCAUUGCAUUAAUGUGAAAGACAUUUGUAAAAAUAAGAAUAUGACAUGCAGCCACAAUUGUACUGUGGAUGAGAAUGGAAGCCCUUAUUGUUUUUGCCCUCGUGGCUUUGAUCUCAUUGGUUCAACAAGGUGCCAAGAUAUAAAUGAGUGUGCAUCAACCACUUUAAACUUGUGUUUGUACAAAGAGGGCUGCAGAAAUACUGAAGGUGGCUUUACAUGCUCAUGCCAAGCCGGCCAAAGACUUGACAAUGAUCUAAGAACAUGCAUUGAUUGUGAAGGCGAAACAUGGGGAAUUAACUGUGCCAAUGAAUGUUCUUGUGGAAUAAAUGCGGAUCAUUGUGACUUAAAGAGCGGGUGUGUCUGUAAAUCUGGAUUUCAAGGAGACCACUGCGAUGAAGACAUUGAUGAAUGUAUUAGCAAUAAUAUGCAUUGCCCAUCUAAUGAAAUAUGUGUCAAUACACCUGGUUCUGCAGAGUGCCAGUGCCAAAAUGGAUUUACUAGACAAAAUGGAAUAUGCACUGAUGUAGAUGAAUGCCAAGAUAGAAAUCUACAUGUUUGCUUUCAAAAUUGCACAAACACGUUAGGAUCAUAUACUUGUUCCUGUUAUGUUGGAUAUACAUUAGAUGCAGUGUCUAAUGAUUGCAUUGCUGUGUCAACAUCAGUAAUACACUGUGACAGUGCUACAAAGUGUGAAGACCAUCUACAGUGUAGCAAUGACAAAUGUCUAUGCUACAAUGGAUUACUUCCAGAUCCUAAUGGUAAUUGUAUUGAUUGCAACAGAGUUUUAACAGCAUCUACUGGUACAAUCAUGAGUUCUAAUUACCCACUGACAUAUCCCUAUGAUUCCAAGUGCACAUGGACAAUAACAUCUAACAACGUCAACUCAAUUAUUUCUCUAAGAUUUCAAGACUAUGAAGUGGAAGGUUGUCCCUAUGAUUAUGUUGAACUAUUUGAUGGAGACAGUUCCUCAGCUAAGCAGCUGGACAGUUUAUGUUACUCAGUGCCGGAAGUAAUCAAAUCUUCUGGCAACUCUAUGCACAUUGUUUUUACAUCAGAUAAUUCAAACAACAAGAAAGGAUUUCUAGCCACUUAUGCUAUUGAAGAUUUUUGUAAACAGAAACGUUGUUCUCACACCUGUAAAGUAACAUCUACCAACCCAUGGACAGAGACUUGCACAUGUCCAGAAUGGAUGACAUUAGAUAGUAGUGGUGAACAUUGCUAUGUAACUAAUGCCUGCAACUCCACCAUUCAAUCCCACUCAGGCUAUAUUGUAAGCCCAAAUUAUCCUCACACUUACCCAGACAGCACUUCUUGUUUCUGGAGGAUUGAAGGGGGAAUUAAUUCAAGAGUGACUCUAAGUUUCUCUGACUUCAGCUUUGAAAGUAAUGAUCAAUGUACUUAUGACUACAUGAGUGUCCAUGAUGGAGACAAUGAGGCAGCACCUUUAUUAAGUCGUUACUGUAGUCACACUAUCCCACCAACAGUGGUUUCAACCAACAAUUAUAUGUACAUUGUUUUCCAUUCUGAUGCCUCAGUUAGUAACAAGGGCUUUAAGGCUUUCUUUAACUUGGUAUAGCUUUGAAAUCUAAGCUAAUUGAAAAACUCAGGAGCAGCUUCUCAUUAAAUUUUGUAUGUCAAAUAUUCAGAAUUUUAUUUCAAUAAACUUUGUUAUAUUACUUUUAAA